GAUAUGGGGGAGUGGUCAAUUUCCGGUGACCACUUCCCCAUGCCAGAAUCUCCCUUAGCCGUUCCUCAGGCUGUCGCAUAUCUCGGCUACUGCACGUAAUAUGGGCAUUACGAGAUGCAUAGACUCCGGCGAAGAGCAUCAGUCAGUGGGUCCGAGGAUCAGCGCGCAGCGCUCAUCACGGCACGCAUGUAAACUAAUCAGGCUGAGCGGCCUCAGGCUCAGGCCGUUGCUAGCUACCGACACCAAGGUCGUCUGUUCAGCAAUUUCGGCGGAUGCUGCCAAGCCAGAAACGGAGUCAAGAAGUAGUAGGGUAUGGCAAAGCUGAAUGACUCGUUUGUUUGUACAGUGAACAAGAAUUGAUAUUGCUUCCCAGGGUUAUUAGACUCAUUGUAGUAUUGUGCAUAACGAUGUGAAUACAAUUGCUAUC